AUGGAGAACUCAAAGACUUUGGUGGUUGAUAAUGGGACAGGGUUUGUAAAAGUAGGUUACGCCGGUUCAAACUUUCCCGAACAUGUAUUUCCGUCAGUGGUAGGUCGCCCAAUUCUCCGGGCCGAAGAAAAAAUCGGUAAUAUCAAGGUAAAAGAUAUCAUGGUAGGCGACGAAGCCGCCAAAGUCCGUUCCAUUCUACAGAUGUCGUAUCCGAUGGAGAACGGGAUUAUCAAAAAAUGGGAGGAGAUGAAACACUUGUGGAAUUACACGUUUUUCGAAAAGUUAAAGGUGGAUCCGCGGGAAUGUAAAAUAUUAUUGACUGAGCCGCCGAUGAAUCCUUUAGCGAAUCGACGUGAGAUGGUGCGCACGAUGUUUGAAGAAUAUGGGUUUCAGGGAGUGUAUGUGUCUAUUCAGGCUGUGUUGACGCUGUGUGCGCAGGGUCUUCUCACGGGUGUAGUUGUGGACUCGGGUGACGGAGUUACCCACAUUGUUCCUAUUUACGAUGGAUUUGCCCUCCCACAUCAGACGCGUCGACUAGACGUCGCUGGUCGUGACGUUACGCGGUAUCUUAUAAAAUUACUAUUAUUAAGAGGAUAUGCUUUUAAUCGUACAGCAGAUUUCGAUACUGUUCAACAAAUUAAAGAGAAACUUUGUUAUGUAAGUUAUGAUUUAAAGUUGGAUCAGAAAUUGGCGAAUGAGACCACCGUGCUAGUGGAAAAUUAUACGCUACCAGAUGGACGUGUCAUAAAAGUCGGUUCAGAACGAUUUGAAGCACCCGAAUGUAUGUUCCAACCUCAUUUAAUUGAUUGCGAACAACCAGGUGUAGCUGAACAGGUUUUUGAAGCGAUUCUGGAUGCAGCAGUCGAUGUGCGUGCCGAAUUGUUUCGACACAUAGUGCUAUCGGGUGGAUCAUCAAUGUAUCCCGGGCUACCGAGUCGACUCGAGAAAGAGCUUAAACAAUUGUAUAUGGAGAGAGUGGCGCAUGGGAAUGUUGAGAUCCUACAGAAAAUGAAAAUUCGAAUUGAAGACCCACCGCGUCGUAAGCACAUGGUGUUCUUGGGUGGCGCAGUGUUAGCUAAUAUAAUGAAAGAUCGUGAAACAUGGUGGAUAACUAAACAGGAAUGGGAAGAGGAGGGUAUUAAAGCACUUGAUAAACUUGGUGCGGGAUAUAAUUAG